AUGGUUUCUUUCCAUCUGGAUAGUGAGGCUCUGCAAUGGUAUAAAUGGGAGGAAUGUGCUUCUUCUUUGUCCAAAUGGGAAGAUUUUACCAGGGCAUUUUGUAGAGAAUUUGGCUCUCAUGGGUUUGAGGAUUUUGCAGAGUCACUCUUUAAGCUUCGUCAAACAGGUCCCUUAAAGGAUUAUAUUGCUGAGUUUCGACGAUUGGCAACUCGAAUCCGUGAUCUUAGUCCUAUUUUUCGAUUGAGCUGUUUCGUUGGAGGAUUAAAGGAAGAACUCAAGCAUGAUGUCAAGCUGCUUCGUCCUGCUACAGUUCAUGAGGCCAUGAAUUUUGCUCACGAAGUGGAGGCUAAACUUCAGAAGUUGAGGUAUGCACAUUCUGCUGGAAAUUUUAAGUCAAGAUUGCCUUUUUUACCCAUUCAAAAUGAUUUAGUUCCUGCUAAAAAUGAGGUUGCUUCUAAGAAGGAUAUGCCUGUCAAGAAAUUAACCCCAGAAGAAAUCCAAUAUAAACGGCAGAAUAAUCUUUGUUUUUAUUGUGAUGAAAAAUUUGUGAGGGGUCAUAAGUGUGCAAGGAAACAAAUCUUGUUGUUGGAUAUGGGUUAUAAUAGUUCUGAAGAAGAGGAAAUAGUUCAUGAAUUACAACAGAUUGAACAAGUGGCUGAGGUAACUGCUUGUUGUAUCACAGCUUGUGCUUUGUAUGGUACUCCUGCUCCUCUUGCUAUUAAGACUAUGAAACUCACUGCUGUAAUUAAAAACUGUCCGGUUGUGGUCUUGUUAGACUCUGGAAGUUCUCAUAAUUUCAUCGAUCUUAGCAUGGUUAAGAAGUUGGGUUGGAAGUUAGAUCAGUCUCAUAUUUGUGAUGUCAUGAUAGCUGAUGGUGGACAAGUUCAGAGUAAGGGUUGUUGUGCUGCGGUUCCUUUAGCCAUCGGGACUUAUGUAUAUACCUCUGAUAUGUUUGCUUUGCCAUUGGGAGGCUGUGACAUUGUGCUUGGGGUUCAGUGGUUGAGAACUCUUGGUCCAAUCUUGUGGGACUUUGAGAGAUUAACUAUGAAGUUUUGGCAUGGGAAUGAGCAAAUCUGUUUGUCCAGUUCUAAGCCUCAGCCUCCACAGCCUAUUUCUUGUCAACAGAUGGACAAGUUGUUGCAUUCAGGUUGUUAUGGUGUGAUUCUUUGUGCUGUAGAAUGUGAAAAUAUGGCCAAACCCGCAGAAGAUUUAUCCUCACCACAACAGCAUGAAUUGCAAGCCUUAUUGGAUUCUUUUUCUGCUGUCUUUGGCACCCCAACUACACUACCUCUUGUGAGAGAACAUGAUCAUCGGAUCCCACUAAUUUCUGGUUGUAAACCACCAAGCAUUAGACCAUAUGCUUAUGGACCACUUCAAAAGUCAGAGAUUGAAAAGUGUGUCAAGGAGCUGCUGGACUCUGGAUUUAUACGAAACAGUCAUAGCCCUUUUUCUUCUCCUGUUUUGUUGGUCAAGAAGAAGGAUAGCACAUGGAGAAUGUGCAUGGAUUACAGACAGUUAAACGAGUUCACUAUAAAAGAUAAGUAUCCAAUUCCACUUAUUGAUGAUCUGUUGGAUGAAUUGCAUGGAGCAAAGUAUUUUUCCAAAUUGGACUUGAGGAAUGGCUAUCAUCAGAUCAGAGUUCAUCUAGAAGAUAUUGAAAAAACAGCUUUUCGGACUCACGAGGGACAUUAUGAAUUCCUUGUUAUGCCCUUCGGUUUGACAAAUGCUCCUGCCACAUUUCAAGGUUUGAUGAAUGCGAUUUUUCGAAAUUGUUUACGGAAGUUUGUCUUGGUAUUUUUUGAUGAUAUUCUUGUUUACAGUACUUCAUGGUCAGAUCAUUUGAGGCAUUUACAUACUGUUUUGGAAAUUUUAAAGCAUCAUCAACUUUUUGUCAAGAUGUCCAAGUGUGCCUUUGGAGUUUCUACUAUUGAAUAUUUGGGUCACAUCGUCUCUAGGCAAGGAGUUUCAGCUGAUCCUUCCAAAUUAAACGCAGUGGCUGACUGGCCUGUACCUACUUCUGUUAAAAGUUUGAGAGGAUUUUUGGGUCUCACAGGUUAUUAUCGGAAAUUUAUUCCUCACUAUGGUAGGGAAAGUUUCCCUUUGACUCAGUUAACUAAGAAGGAUGGAUUUUUGUGGACUCCCGAGGCUACUGCUGCUUUUCACAGGCUUAAGGAACUCAUGUUAUCUCCUAGGGUGCUCGCCUUGCUAGAUUUUACAAAACCUUUUAUCAUUGAGAGUGAUGCUUCUGGAUCUGGUAUAGGAGCUGUGUUACAGCAGGAAGGCAGGCCUAUUGCUUUUACCAGCAAGACUCUUGGUCCUAGAAACCAAGCCCUUUCCACUUACGAGAGGGAAAUGAUGGCAAUUGUUCAUGCCAUCAAGAAGUGGCAUCAUUACUUACAAGGAAGACACUUUAUCAUUAAGACAGAUCACCAUAGUCUUAAAUAUUUUCUCAAUCAUAAGGCUCACACUCCUUUUCAGCAAAAAUGGGUCACCAAGCUUUUGGGCUAUGAUUAUGAGAUACACUAUAGGCAAGGGAGUGAUAAUAAAGCAGCUGAUGCUUUGUCUAGAUUUCCUAUCAGUCACAGCUCUUCUACUGACCAAGUUCAAGUCUUAUUUCAUGUUUCUUGUUUGAAGAAGCAUUUGGGAACUCAUGUGACUCCUUCGUUAACAUUACCUCGGAUUACUGAGUACAAUGAGGGUAUGAAACAUGAUGUGCAAAAAAUGGUAGCUGAAUGCCACAUCUGUCAACAACAUAAGUAUGAAACUGUGACUCCUGCUGGAUUAUUGCAACCCUUGCCUAUACCGGAUAAGCUCUUUGUGGACCAUGUGUUUAAGUUACAUGGUAUGCCUAGCUCCAUUGUUUGCGACAGGGAUCCAGUAUUUGUUAGUGAUUUCUGGAAAGAAUUCUUCAAAUUGCAUGAUGUAGCUUUACGGAUGAGCUCUGGUUAUCAUCCCCAGACUGAUGGCCAAACUGAAGUGGUUAAUCGGUGUUUGGAGACCUAUUUGAGGUGUUUUGCUGCUGCUCAGCCCAAAAAAUGGUUGCUUUGGUUAUCUUGGGCAGAAUUUAGCUAUAAUACAGCCUAUCAUACAUCAACCAAGUUAACCCCAUUUGAAGUUGUUUAUGGUCAGCCCCCACCCAGGGUUACACCAUAUGAGCCAAGCACUACCAGAUUUGCCAAUGUUGACAGAAGCUUGGCUGCCAGAGACAGAGUGUUGACCUUGCUGAAGUCUAAUCUCCUUAUGGCACAGACUCGAAUGAAGACUCAAGCUGAUAAACAUCGCUCUGAAAGGGAAUUUCAGGUUGGGGAUAUGGUGUAUUUGCGUUUGGUACCUUACCGGUUACAGUCCUUGGCUGCUCAUUCAUACCACAAACUUUUGCCCAAAUUUUAUGGCCCUUAUGAGAUACUAGAGAAGUUGGGACCAGUGGCUUACAAACUCCAAUUGCCUACUGGUUGUAAGAUCCACCCUGUAUUUCAUGUUUCUUGUUUGAAGAAGCAUUUGGGAACUCAUGUGACUCCUUCGUUAACAUUACCUCGGAUUACUGAAGAUGGUAUUGUGCAAGAUGAGCCACUGGCUAUUUUGGAAAGGAAGUUAGUCAAACGUGGUAAUGCUGCGGGGGUGGAUGUCCUAGUACAUUGGAAGGGUCAUACACCAGAGGAUGCCACGUGGGAGGACUACCAUGACCUACAGGCCAGAUUUCCAGAAUUCAUUGCCCAGGUUGAAGCUGCUUUCAAUUCCAGAUGA